AAAUUUAGUGCGAAAAAGAUAUUAAAAUGUUUUUAAGGUUUUGUUCAUGGGCUAUAUUUUGGACAUGCAUCGUAAGUGGUGAAAAAGUUCAAAAGUCGUUGUCUCUCGAUGGCGCUUAUUCUUCGAGUUGGAGUGCAGAUUUGGAGAGUAGAAUAAUUUCAUUCGAAGUGCAUGUGGCAACCAAGGGAUGGAUCGGAUUCGGGGUGUCGCACACGGGUGGAAUGGAAAAAUCGGACAUUUUAAUUGGAGGAGUAUCAGAGGAUGGCGUGCCUUAUUUUACUGAUCGACAUGGAAUAGGCACUGUUGAACCUGUUAUUGAUAACCACCAGGACUGGGUUCUGGAAGAAGCAUCAGAAAACGCAACUCAUACAUACCUAAAGUUCUCAAGAAACUUUGAGACUUGUGACGGAGAAGACGACAUUGCGAUAGGAGAGGACACAUUAAAGCUGAUUUGGUCGUUUGGUUCGAGUGAUGAAAUUAAGUAUCACGGUGCGAUAAAUCGGGGAUCACUUCAUAUCAAUUUUCUAGAUCCCCCAAUGCCAGAUCCAGACACGAGUGGAUUUCAGACCUGGGUGGUUCAAGCGAACGAUGUGAUGCCAAGUGAUAAUACGUCGUAUUGGUGCACUAUACACAAGCGGCCGCAAAUGAACGCCGUGCACCAUGUCGUUGGGUUUGACACUCGGUUUGACUCUCCUGAAGCAGAACGACACACACAUCACUUUAUUUUCCGAAAGUGUGUGGCUCCACGAGGAACAGAUCCAAAGGAACUAUUUGAACCUCAUGUCGGUCAACCUGGACAAGACUGUAAAGCCCGACCGUUUAUACAGGGUCAAUGUGGAACGUAUCUUUUUGUCUGGGCUAUUGGUGGCCGUAAAACAAUGUUUCCGGAUCAUGUUGGUCAUCCUAUCGGAGAAACAGGGGAAGAUGAAUAUUUUAUGUUGGAAAUUCACUAUAAUAACCCUUUAGAAACCAUCGGGCUUCAGUUUCCGACUGGACUGGAAAUAUACCACACUGAAAAAUUACGACCCAACGAAGCAGGAAUAAUGACUCUUGGUCACAUUGUUUAUUGGGCACAAACUAUACCUCCAGAUUCCGAAGAUUUUCAUGUCUACGGUCAUUGCUCGUUAAUGUGCACAAAUCGAUUUCCUCCGAAUGGGUUGAAUGUGUUCAAUAUCUUGCUGCACUCUCACAUGUCAGGACGAAAAUUGAAGCUGCAACAAUUUAGGGAUGGGAAAGAGCUUCCUUGGUUUGCAUAUGACGACUUUUACGACUUCAAUUAUCAACAGAAUCGCCCUUUGCGAGAGGAAAAGAAGAUAAUGCCGGGAGAUAGCUUAGUCAUGAAUUGUGUAUGCGAUACAAAGUGGAAAAAUGGCAGCGUUGUGAUUGGUGAUCUAGGAAUUACUGACGAAAUGUGUGAGGCAUUUAUCUGGUAUUAUCCGAGAAUCUUAAUUGAUACGUGUAUGAGUUCAUACAACCCCAUAAACAUCCUCCGAGAUUUUGGGAUCCAACAUAUGACCAGUGCGGGUGCUGGGGAAAUGGAUCCAGUGAUCAGACGCCCAGCCCACCUCAAUGGGACGCGUUACACAACGUAUCUCAGUACAAUGUUCAAUUGGACCUCUGAAUUUCGAGAAAAGUAUCAAAAUAAUUUGAAGACGUCGCAUCACCUUCAAGUUUGCGCAUCUCUUGCAAAUUUCACUACUCUUCCAAGAGCCGAAUUUGUGAAAUUUCCUGCAGAGAUUGAACCCUAUGAGCCUUAUGAUGCAUGUGCACGACAAGGAACUACGCCUGAUCCCACAAAAGAUAAUGGUGCACUGAUGCUUGACCAUUCGCAUCUUUUGUCGUUACUAUUCGUUUUAUGGGUGUUUCUCUUAGAAUAUAUUCGUUAGACGACAAAAAGUAAUACUGCUUUUCAUUCGAUAGGGCGAGCAAAAUAAAUAUUUAUUCACGAAUAUGUAUGAAUAUAAGGAA